AUGGCCGUCGUGAACAAUCGUCGUUGCGUGAAGAUUUUCAUUCAUCUAUCUAUCUAUCUAUCUAUCUAUCUAUCUAUCUAUCUAUCUAUCUAUCUCAGUCAAUUCAUAUCUAUCUAUCUAUCUAUCUAUCUAUCUAUCUAUCUAUCUAUCUAUCUAUCUAUCUCAGUCAAUUCAUAUCUAUCUAUCUAUCUAUCUAUCUAUCUAUCUAUCUAUCUAUCUAUCUAUCAUAACAAUUCAUAUUUAAUAAAAAACUUUCUGUCUAAAAAAUUCAUAUCUACUAAAACGCUUUCUUUCAACCUAUCUAUCUAUCUAUCUAUCUAUCUAUCUAUCUAUCUAUCUAUCUAUGAGGAAAACAACAUCUAUCUAUCUAUCUAUCUAUCUAUCUAUCUAUCUGACUUUUCUUUUUCUUUCUUUCUUUCUUUCUUUCGCUACCGUUUCAUAUCUAUCUAUCUAUCUAUCUAUCCAUCUAUCUAUCUAUCUACAAAAACUCUAUUUUUCUCCCUCUCUAUCUAUCUGUUUCAGGCUUCUAUUUUCCUUUCUUUUUUCUUUCAUUCUAUUUUCCUUCUUUUUCUUUCAUUCUAUCUUGCUGUCUGUUUCUUUCCUUCUUUCCUGCUUUCUUUUUUUUCUUUCGGUCUUUCUUCCUUUCAUGCCGUUUCUUCAUCUAAUUCUCUCUUUGCCAAUUUCUUUUCCUUCCAUUUUCUCCUUCUCUCUAUUUUGCCUACAUUUUUCAUUACUGACAGCCAUUUUCUUUCUUUCUUUCUUUCUUUCUUUCUUUCUUUUCCCUGUUCUUCUUUUCACUUUGUUUGGUUUUUGUUUCUUUCUUUCUUUCGUUUCUUUUUCUUUUUCUCUUUCUGUCACUUUUCUUUCUUUCUUUCUUCUUAUAUGAUUCUUCGUGUCUUUCCCUUUCUUUCGUUUUCUUUUUCUUUCUUUCCCAUAUGUUUGUUUAGUUCUUUUUUUUCUUUUUUUUUUUUGACAUAUAUUUAUUUAUUUCCCCUAUACUUCCUUUUAUUCUUCCUUCUUUCUUUCUUUCUUUCUUUCUUUCUUUGGCAUAUUUUUAUUUAUUUUCCAUAUGUUUCCUAUCAUCUUUCUUUCUUUCUUUCUUUCUUUCUUUCUUUCUUUCUUUCUUUCUUUCUUUUUUCUUUAUUUCUUUAUUUAUUUAUUUAUUUAUUUAUGUCUUUCUUUCUUUCUUUCUUUCUUUCUUUCUUUCUUUCUUUCUUUCUUUCUUUCUUUCUUUUAUGCAUCCAUUCAACUUCCUGCUAUCCAUUAAAACCAUAUCCCUCCUAUAUUUCUUUAUUUUUUUCUUUCUUUUUUUCUAAAUUUCUUUCUUUAUUUCAAAUAUGCAUCCAUUAA